AUGUGUUCCGGAUACAACCAUGUAUUCCAAGGUGAUUCUGGACUUGAGCACAACGUUGUCCUGUUUGGAAGCGAUGGCAAGAAGUACCCCAUGGAUUCUAAGGAGUUUGAUGGUGAUCUCGAAAAGAAUUUGGAAGGAUUUAUGAAGAAAGUAAUUGCCGGAGAAGUGAAACCAUUUGUAAGGUCGGCGCCAGUGCCACGCGAUGAUAAGGGUCCUGUGCGAACAGUGGUAGCAUUGAACUUUGAUGAGGUAGUCGGUGAUGAGAGCAAAGACGUGGUCGUCGAACUUUACUCUCCAAUGUGUGAUCUUUGCGAGGAAUUUGAACCGAAGUAUAAAGCGCUGGCGACUAAGUUCAAAAAAACGCAGCCGAAUCUCAUAUUUACCAAAUACGAUGGAACCCUUAACGAGAUUCCUUACAAAUUUGCUAUUAAAUCGUUUCCUAGCAUCUUUUUUGUUCCCAGCGGGAGAAAGUCGGCUCCAAUCAAAUACGGAGGAAAUCGUGAAGAAAAGAGCUUAUCGAGUUUCUGA